GCGCUGAGCCUGGGUGGAUUUCGUGGUGUUUGAAUGACACCUGAAGGCUUUAGAAAUGCGUGCAUUCUUCGAGAACACCGUGACCAGAUGCACUACUUAAGAGUUGAUGCUUUGCGAGAGCGCGCCUGGGGUGGCUCUGCGCGCUGCCCUGCCCGGGGGUGCUGGAAAAGCCCGCAGCCUCCCGGUGGAAGAGCUCCUGUCUCCAGACGCAGAGGGAAGCUGAUACUCCACGUGGCUGUUCAGACGGCGCCGCGAGUCGCGGGGUCCAGAAAGGUUUUCUCAUUGGUGCCACCUGCAGACCGAAAAGUAGUGCCUGGCCAUUUGAGGAGCCUCUUCACAGCGACACAAUGACCAGAAGAGAGGUCAGCUAGGUGGACUGAAGGCGGCCACUGCCGCGAAGCAACAAAGGCUGGGCGUGCUCCGCGGCCGGGAGGGCGGAGGAGCCACCUCGGCGAUGGAGAAGUUUCAGGCCGCGAUGUUGCUAGGAAGCGUCGGAGACGCCCUCGGUUACCGAAACGCCCGCAAGGAGAACAGUGCUGCAGGCGCGAAGAUCCAGGAGGAGCUGCAGAAGCUCGGGGGGCUCGACCACCUCGCUCUCUCACUGGAGAAAUGGCCUGUGAGUGACAACACCAUCAUGCACUUGGCGACGGCCGGGGCCCUCACCACAGACUACUGGUGUCUGGAUGACCUGUACCGGGAGAUGGUGAAGCGCUAUGUGGAAGUCCUCGAGAAGCUUCCAGAGCAUCGAGCAGACCCAGCUACCAUUGAAGGCUGCUCACAGCUGAAACCGGAUAAUUAUCUGCUUGCCUGGCACACGCCUUUCAACGAGAAGGGUUCAGGAUUUGGCGCGGCCACCAAGGCGAUGUGCAUUGGCAUGCGGUACUGGAAGCCUGAGCGACUGGAGACCCUCAUUGAAGUCAGCAUCGAGUGCGGCAGGAUGACACACAACCACCCUACAGGCUUCCUCGGGUCUCUAUGCACAGCCCUGUUUGCAUCUUAUGCCAUACAAGGAAAGCCACUGGAGCAGUGGGGCAGAGACAUGAUGAAGACGGUCCCACUGGCUGAAGAAUACUGUAAGAAGACCAUCCGGCACAUGGCAGAGUACCAGGAGCACUGGUUUUACUUUGAAGCAAAAUGGCAGUUUUACUUGGAGGAGAGAAAAAUCAGUGAAGACACUGAAAGCAAAGUCGCCUUUCCUGACCAUUAUGAUGCAGAGGAGAGGGACAAGACCUACAGGAAAUGGAGCUCGGAAGGUCGAGGGGGCCGACGGGGCCAUGAUGCCCCCAUGAUUGCCUACGACGCUCUCUUAGGAGCCAGGAACAACUGGACGGAGCUCUGCCAUCGGGCCAUGUUUCACGGAGGUGAGAGUGGGGCCACAGGGACCAUCGCGGGCUGCCUGUUCGGAUUGCUCUACGGCCUGGAUGCUGUUCCCAAGGGCCUGUACCAGGAGCUGGAGAACAAGGAGGAGCUGCUGCACCUGGGCGAAGCUCUUCACCGCCUGUCCACAGAGGAGAAGUAAAGCCAUUUCCCUUUCCAGGGAGCCCGUUCUACCUCUGGGUGCCCCAGGGGAGUCCACAUGCAGCUCACCGGACUCUCAGCACACUGAGAGUCCAUGCCUAAUCGACCAUGCUUUAUAAAAUACAUUGUUUGUCCUAGAAGAAUAUUUUCUAUCCUGACCCAAAUCUAGCGCAUUAUUGAGGUCACGCUGGAUUUGCUACCUUCAGACCUCCUCAUACAGUGGUUGCAAAUAGUCUUUUGGACAAUUGGUGUAUUUUAUCGUCGCAUAACUAAUGCUGUUCGCUCAUUCACUUCAGCUAACCACAGGGCUCUGCGCAGAAGGGCCUCCUCCCUCUGCAGAUACUGCCGUCACUGUCUGUUUCUAGCUCUUAGACACGCAUUUCAGCCACUGCCGCCACCCCCUCGGCCACGCCCACCCCUCCGGGCGUGUGCUGCACGUGUGUUCUCACUGCCGCGUGUCCCCUUCAGAAGAGCAGUCAGUCCCAGCGCCUUCUGGAUGCAGCCAAAAGCACCGCAUUUAACCUGCCAGCCUAUAUUUUUAAUCACACUAGAUCUUUAAAGAUCCCAGCCUAACUAGAUCCCAGCCUUUUGGAACAACUAAGGGAGGAAAACAGGCAAUGAAGGGGUCUCGUGCCGGCACCGCACCUUCCUGCUCUGAGGUCUGCAGCUGUCACACUUGCACGGGUCAGGAGCACAUUGCAGCCAGGGCCAGUGGCCACUGCCCCCGGGUUCGCUGAGGAGACAGAGCUGUUCCCUGUGGCCCAUGUCCCUCUCUCUGAGAAUCUGGAAAAGAGAACACUUGCUCUUGUUAAAAAUAACUUUGGACACUAUCUUUUCGAAGUAGCAUCUGGUGUGAAUAAAACAGCAGUUGGUGACUGAUGUUUAACACGUAGCUUUGGCAGCUUAGCUGGGCUUAUC